AUGGUUCUCUUUGCGGUCGCUGACUUCUGCCUCAUCCCAAUGGGUACCGAGACGUCCGUUGGCCCUUACAUCGCAGAAUGCCAGCGCGUGCUGGAGGCCAUGAAGAGCGAGGGGAUCAAAUACGAGAUGCACGGCUACGGCACCAACCUGGAAGGGCCCUUUCCCCUCGUCUGUCAGGCCAUCGAGCGAUGUCACGAAGCCGUCCACGCCAAAGGAGCUCCCCGCAUCUCGUCCAACAUGCGCAUCGGUACCCGCACAGACAAGCCUCAAGAGCAAGCAUGGGCCAAGGGACUGGGAGAGAAUGAGCGCAAGAGGGAGAGCGUGCGGAGGAUUCUGGCAGGGCAGACUGGCGACGCAGAGGCAGCAACGAAGGCAGCGGCGCCGCAGUGAAGUUUGAGUGUCUGCAGGCAUGACAAGGGAAUACGAUUGCCAUUGACGAAUGCGUGGCCCAUCAAGGUGCCUUCUCUCCCGGUCGCCUUUCUCCUCGUACUCUGAUGCCCUUUUGCACUCUCGGUCCCCAUCCUCUGACCUUCUUCUUGUUCUUUGGGCUCUUCCUGAAAUGCUUAGGAUCCCAGCCCUGCCUGAACUUCUCCAUGCACCACAGGACGUAUCGUCUCUCCUUGAUCCCAACUCCAGCCCCC